AUGGUGUCAGCAAAGCUAUCGGAAUCAUGGAAACAGUUUGCAGAAUCAACGACCCUCGGAGGGGUUGGAAAAAUCAACCAGACGACCUCAAGACCGGCAAGAAUCAUUUGGAUCCUGAUAUUCGCACUUUUAUGCGUCAUCACCGUGAAGAACACUUCGGAAGUGUUGAUAGAUUAUUUUUCUUUUCCUGUCAUAACUGAUGUCGAGUACAAGUACCAGGGUGGAGUGGCUUUUCCCACGGUGACGAUUUGCAACAGGAAUCCGAUUCCUUGUUCCAAACUUGCAGCAGCCUAUUUGAAAUACCCCGAAGAGUUGGUUCGAGUCAUGCUGCUCAGUGGAUGCAAACCAUCCGUCUCCAAACCGCCUCUAAUUUUCAAGAUGAUCCGGAAGGAAGGCGAAGUUAUUCAUUCAUGGAUAACUGGAUGGAAUGCCACUAUUUUCGAAGCCAUUGCGAACCAGGAUUUCACUACACUGAGAAUCAACGACAAUCAAACAUGUCUGAAAAACCUGCUGGAAGAGUCUGAACGCAUCGAAGUACCUAAAAACAUUCGAAAUGAUUCGAAGAGGACUUUUCGGAUUCUUCGUGCACUAUUCACGCUCUGCAGACCCAAUCUAGAAGAUGUUUUAUUCCCGCAUCUCGCAACAAUUGCCAAUUUCCCUUCCGAACCGAAACUGUCUGCCAAUACCAGUAAAAACGUUCCGAUAUUACAACCUGUUCCUCCGUCGCCAAAAGGAGCAGAAAUGACGAGACAAACCUUGAUCUCCGCAUUGACAAGCCUAUACAAAAACAAGAACAAUCGAACUAUUUUCGAAGACCUUGUGUAUAACUUUGAUGAAAUGAUCAUGGAUUGCACUUUCGCAGCUGGGCCGUGUUUGGUGAGCGCCUUCACGACGGAUUACCAUGUCGCACAAGGUGUAUGCUACACAUUUAAUCGAGUGAAAAAUCUCCAGUCGUUGGGAAAGGAUGCCGAAAGAGUUUCUACUCAAACUGGGAUUUCGUCAGGAUUGACAAUGAAUUUGAAGUUCGACACAAAUGAACAUAUGCCGGGGCUUGUAACGACCGGAACCGGGGGCAGAAUUGCAAUCACGCAACCCGGGGUUUUACCCCUUAUGCUUGAAGAAGGAAGAUUCGUGCAACUGAAUACUGAAACUGACUUCGCUCUCAAGAUUUUCAGUGUGACUCGUCUGGAAGCCCCUUACGUAUCCGAUUGCUGGAACACGUGGAAUCGCUCGGAUUUUUCGCAAUUCAUUUACACAAAUGCCACUUCGGUGGAUACCUUUCCCUUGAACAUUUAUUCCCAUCGAAAUUGUAUGGCAAUGUGCACCAACGUGUUUUUGAUCCAGGAUUGCAAUUGCUCCGAUUCGUACCUGGUUCAACCAUUUUUCUACAAGGGCGAAGAAGUCGGAUUAGGUGUUCGGAGUUGCAGUGGUUUUCAAGUUCAGAAGGAAGGCGAUCUCACAAAUCCGUCGGCAAAUCGGGAAAACGAAAAUAGUACGGCUCGUGAUGUGGCAAGAGUCAACAUAUAUUUCGAAUCCUUGUAUGGCGAAGAAGUCAACGAAAAUGCGAUGUACAACGUGUAUCAAGCUUUGAGCAACGUGGGAGGAGCAACUGGAUUGUACCUCGGAAUCUGCUGGAUUACUGUAUUGGAAGUAACUCAUUUUCUUGCAAUAGUCAUAAGAGACACAAUUUCUUGGUUCAUGGAAAAUCGGAGAAAUGAGCAGGCAUGGGGUAAUCUCCCGAGAAAACAACAUGGCAUCAGUCCCGCAUUCCAGUAG